UUCAGACCCUUCUUCGGGAGUCACAAGUCGUCAGAGAAGCGAAAGAGAAGCAGAUUGUGGAGUUGAAGAAGAUGUGUGAGCUGAGCAAUGACUCCUUGAACAACGAGUGGGAGAAAAGGCUUCACAACGCCGUGGCUGAGAUGGAGAAGGAGAAGUUUAAUAUUCGGAAGAAGCACAUGGAAGAUAGGCAGGAGCUGCUUGAGGACACCAACGCUCGUCUUAGCAAAAUGGAAGAAGAUUAUUUGGAACAGAUAAAGUCAGCUAAGUUUUUGAAGCAGGCGGUCCAAAAACUGGAGGCUCGUGUCCAGCAGUUGACAGUGGAGGCUGAAAAUAGUAAUUUACAGCGUCAGAAAUUAUCUCAAGAAAAGGCUGAUGCAGAACAACGUUACCAGACAGCGUGCACUGAACUUCUGGAUGUGAAAGCAAGGCACAGCUCACUUCAGAAAGACAAGGACCGUAUUAUACAGGAAUAUGAGGAGAACAUUCAGCAACUACAAAGUAAACAUGAUGUUGAUAUCAAUGUUAUAAAGCAGCAACAUGCUCUCUCUGCAGCUAAGGCAUCUGAUGAGAUUGAAGAAUUACAGCACAGCGUGUCUCUAUUAAAACAACAGUUACAAGAUGCAGAACAUCAGAGACAGCAACAGCUGAGGGAUCAAGAUUACAAGCUCCAACAGGAAAAACUUCACUUGGAGCGUGUCUAUGAAAAACAGAUUCAUGGCAUCCGGAAUGAUCUUGAUAAAGAAAAAGGGGAUGCUCUAAAGAAAAUUCGCAAACUGGAAGAGACUUUGAAGGAGAAGGAGGAGCAGCUGACUCGGGUGACAGAGGUACAGAGGCUGCAGGCCCAGCAGGCAGAUGCUGCCCUGGAGGAGUUUAAGCGGCAGGUGGAGCUGAACUCAGAAAAAGUCUAUGCUGAAAUGAAACAGCAGAUGGAGAAGGUGGAAGCAGAUCUCGGCAGAUCCAAAUCGCUCCGGGAAAAGCAAUCCAAAGAGUUCUCGUGGCAGUUGGAGGAGCUGAAGCAAAGAUACGAGCAGCAGAUAGUGGAGCUGAAGCUGGAGCAUGAACAGGAGAAGACGCACCUAUUCCAGCAGCACAACGCAGAGAAGGACUGCCUGGUCCGAGACCAUCAACGGGAAAUCGAGAAACUGGAGAAGCAGCUUCGCGCUGCCAUGGCAGAGCACGAGAGCAAAACUCAAGAAUGCAGGAAACGAGACGGACAGGUUAUCUGUGAAAUGGAGAGCCUGAUCCGCAAGCUGAGGGAAGAGCUUAUUCAGGUGAAGGCUCAGCACAAGCAGCAGUUGUGGGAGCUGAGCCACCAGUGGGAAGAGGAGAAGCAGAGGGCGACUCGGGACCGCGAGGCAGCGGUGAAUAAACUGAAAGCGGAGGCAGAAAAGAUGACGUUAGAGCUGAGAAAGAUACACACAGCAGAAAUGGAGGAGGCCUUGGACAAGGCAAACAGCCGGCUGAAGCAGACUGAAACGGAGUGUGGCCAGAAGCUGGCAAAAUCCUCGCAGAUCAUAGCUGAACUUAAGACAACCAUUUCCUCUCUGACAGAGGAGAACAGCCGGCAGCAGCUUGCCGCAGAGCAGCGGCUCCAGGAAGUUGUACAAAAGUUUGAAGAUAAGAAGCAGCAGCUGAUUGCGGAUAAUGACAGAGCAAUCAAGGCCCUCCAACAUGAAGUGGAAAUUUACCAGCGUCAGGCGCAGGCUGUGGAGAAGAAGCUACAGCGCAGGGAGCUGGAGACCCACGAGCAGAUGACCCACAUACGACAGGAAUACGAAACCACACUCAAAGGUCUGAUGCCAGCAUCUUUGAGACAGGAACUUGAAGACACCAUUGUCUCUUUAAAAUCUCAGGUAAAUAUGCUGCAGAAAAGAACCUCUGUCCUCCAGGAAGAGCUGGACGCCUGCCACGCCAGAAGUAAACAAGCGUCUGAGAGCUUUCCCAGUGCUUACUCAGUGGUGUCAGAGCGAGAUGAGAGCCCUCGCAGGUGCACUGCAAGUCUGGGCUUUGCCUGCGCGCUCGGGACGAGCCGGGGGCACAGCUGCAGCGCCGCGGUGAUGCCACCUCCUUUUAAGAUAGAAACCGAUGAUGCAAUGCGCAAUAUUGCAGAUCGCAUCUUCAAAGCACCGGAUCUCCGCGAGCCGGAGCGUUUUUUUCCAGGCGUUUACACCCUCCAAUAUAAAUGA